GGUGAAGUGACCUCACGUUUACCGGUCUUGCACUCUACCCUAAUGCUCUAAACUAUAAGUCUUGGCCACUAAGCAUCAUAUAUGAGACCUUUCCUCAGAACGCACUCUGAACUCUGUGUAGCAAAACCACAGUUACAAAAGAGGAAGUGCCCACUACUUACUUAUUUCCUUCCGCAUCCUCUCAUUUUUCUUUUUACCCGUUUAACUCCUUCAUUCGUCCUUUUUGUUUCUCAUAGAAAUGUUUAAUUGGUCCUGAAUUGGGUGAAGAUUGUUUGUGCUGUCAUCCCGUGGCAUGUUUCUGGAGAACUGCUUGUCAGAUUGGGUGCACUUCUUUUUGUAGCACGGCUAUUUGGAUUGAUUCAGUGUUGACGUCAGUCAGGAAGCUGUACACAGGAGUUCCCCUAUUCAGUCUGCUUGCUGCUACUGCUCUGAAGGUAAGGUUUACUGGAUAAAACAUUUUUGGUGUGCCUCCGGGGGGAAAGUUUGUGUCAACUUCAGGCAGAGAAUCUCUAGGAGAGGAGUGAACUACACACACAGAUGGCACAGUGAAGCUACACUCUCGUCUCAGGGAGACACCUUUACAUAUUGUUGGUCACAGUGCAUCCCAGUCAGGGGAUAUGGAGGAUUUUCCUGAUAUGUACCAGGGGAAAGACCCUGAGGACAUUGAAUCUUUCCAGGGUGAGAGGAGGAAGAUCAUUCAGCCGACAUCUUUGAAAGAUCCCAAACUUGAAAAGCUGAAAUCGGUUUUGGUUAACUGGAUCAACAGUACUUUAAAAGAGGAACACAUCGUAGUGCAGAGUCUGGAAGAGGAUAUCUUUGAUGGCCUAAUCUUGCAUCACCUCCUUGGGAGGUUAGCUGGAGUGCUUCUGUCUGUGGAGGAGAUAGCGGUGACCAGCGCUGCUCAGACACGCAAGCUGGAGGUCAUCCUGGAGGCCCUGAAUGAGAAACUGGGGCUACAGGACAGCUCUCUCAGCAGGUGGAGUGUCAAACUCAUCCACAGCAAAGACUUGCUGGCCACACUCCAUCUUCUGGUUGCCAUGGUGAGGUGCUUCCAGCCUAAUCUGGAGCUUCCCCCAAAUGUCAGAGUGGAAGUUGUCUUGUUGGAGGUCAACAGAAGUGGAAUCAAAUCAGAAAAGGAAAUAGAGAUUCUUACAGAUGAAAGCGAUUCAGCUACCGACGCCCUGAGCAGCUCAGACAGCGAGGAUCCCAUUGAGCAGCUGCUGAAGCUGGAACCCCACAAGAUCAACACAGUAAAGCGGGCCAUCAUGCACUUUGUCAACAAGAAGAUGUCAACCUUGGGACUACAGGUGACAGACAUGGAGAAACAGUUUUCAGAUGGUGUUAUUCUCCUUCUGCUGAUUGGACAGUUGGAGGGCUUCUUUGUUCCACUCUAUGACUUCAACAUCACCCCAGUCAACGCUACUGAGAUGCUUCAGAAUGUGACCGUGGCCCUGGACCUCCUGAAUGACAUAGGGCUACCCACGACCAACAUUGAGCCCCAAGAUAUAGUCUCUCAGGAUGUGACAGCUACCUUGAAGGUCCUAUAUGCCCUGUUCAAGAAGCACAAAAGCAGAUGAGAGUGGGAAGAACACGGACGAGGACAUUAGGAGGUGAAGACGCCAGAAGUCCUUUGCCUGAGGUGUUUUUCCCCUGGCAAGUCCAGAAUCAUAGGCUGAUUCCUUCUGUGAAAUUACAGAAAAAUCAUAUAUCGAUUCUAUGUAAAGCUUUGUGUACUUUGUGUCAAUAAAAUUGUACUGUAUGUGCCAUAGUUUGAAUAGCAUGGGAAACCAAUCCCCGACCACAUUCCCCUUUGAAGAUCCAAGUAAUCUCAAAGUAGUCUGAAAUUGUGAGUGAGUAUCCUAUUGUGUUCUAUGACUCUGACGCUGCUGCUCGAUGCAACAAGAUAUCAUAGGAAAACGGCAUCUUGUGACGUUUUUACAAAACGAUAAGCAUCAAAACGUAUGAUGUUUAUGUCAAUACAUUGCAGUCAAUGGGAAAAGAUGAGCGUCACAGGGUUGAUGCCUAAGUGAAUACAUUGCAUUUAAUAGGGGAAGAUUAUUGACACAAUGUGGACGCCUUUGAACAUGACACCCUCGUUCUCUCUCAAUUCAAUUCAAUUGGCUUUAUUGGCAUGGGAAACAUAUGUUAACAUUGCCAAAGCAAGUGAAGUAGAUACUAUACAAAAGUGAAAUAAACAAUAAAAAUGAACAGUAAACAUUACACUCACAGAAGUUCCAAAAGAAUGAAGACAUUACAAAUGUCAUAUUAUGUAUAUAUACAGUGUUGUAACAAUGUGCAAAUGCUUAAAGUACAAAAGGGAAAAUAAAUAAGCAUAUACCUG